AUGGAAAGGGGCCUACAACAAGGUGAUCCGCUGUCUCCUUUUUUGUUGGUCCUCGUCGUUGAUGUUCUACAUAGGAUAUUUGGGGAGGCGGUCAGAAACGGGCGCAUAUCUCCAUUACUGGUUGGUAGAGAUCAUAUUGAGCUGUCGCAUCUUCAGUUUGCGGAUGACACCAUUCUGUUCUGCUCCCCAGAGGAAGAGAUUGUUAAGAAUUACAGGAGGAUUCUUCGCUGUUUUGAGUUAAUGUCGGGGUUAAGCAUUAACUUUGAUAAAUCUAGCUUGAUUCCAAUUAACUGUGAUGCUCAGUGGGUACAACAUAUGUGCUGCGUGCUGGGUUGCAAGGAAGCCUCCUUUCCAGUAAAAUACUUGGGGAUCUCACUAGGAGCUAAUCCAAGGUUGGUGAAGAUUUGGAAGCUAAUUAUUGACAAAGUGGAGAAAAAACUCAGCCUAUGGAAAGCUAAGGUUCUCAAUAAAGCCGAUACUGUAGGAGGACAUCAUUCCGGAGGGUAUAAUAAGCUACAGCUUUAUAAGGACAAUUUGAAAAUGUUUAGUUCCACUGAGAGUCACUACAAGAUUCGUAGUGAUUACUAG